UGGUUUGAGAAUAAGAUCUGAUGAGAGUAGGGUAACAUCUGUCGCGAGUAGAGUAAGAUCAGUCCACGAGCCCGCAAAGUUUGAUUGGGAUUGGUUGGAUAAUUUAGUUUUAGAAUAUUAUGAGCCUUCCGUCGGUUCUCGUCUCUCCCCAAGGUGCAGCCCGGCGGCCCGCUCCUGCGCCGGCCCGCUGGCUGGUGGCGGCGGGACUGCGGCUUGAGCAUUCCACCGCUCCUGGAGGCAGGGCGCCCGCCGUCCGCUCGCUGGGACCUCCAGGGAAGCACGCUGCGCGCCGCCGUCGUGCACUUCUCCCUCUGUCCAGUGGUGGCGAAUCGUUCUUUGCUGAAGUCUCCCGCGUCUCACUUCGAGCUGAUGGCGUGCGCACCUUUCCAGAUGCACCACUCCACUGUCGACGGCGAUCAAGGCGCGAUACGGCGAGCGCUUGAAGACAAUAGCAACAUCAACUUGGACACGCAAUCCCGCUUCGGGUACAGCCUGGCAGUCCACCUGGCGGAGAUGUACAACUUUACGUACGAGAUGUUGGUGACGCCGACGUGGGGCUUCAGCGUGCAGGCGGACGGCAGCUUCGACGGCAUGCUGGGCAUGCUGCAGCGCGGGGAGGCCGACUUCAGCAUCACGCCCGCCAUCCUCACACUGCCGCGCCUCAACGCCGUGGACUACACUGUGCAGACCUGGCAGUUUCGGUGGGCUCAAGGGGGAACCAAGUGGCAUCUAUACACUGCUAAUCCAAGUGUGGACCAGGUCCCGAGGGGUGCCUCACUCUGGUAAUCGUGUGUACUUGUCCAGAUAUCACUGAUAACCACAUAUCAAAACUGGAUAGUUUCGCUGUUCCUAUCGAUGUUUGGGUGUUUUUCGUAUGAUUAUAGGCAAAAAAUGCUCCCAGCUAAGUAAAAUUGUAGAGGUUUUUUUUUUGAGAAUUAGUUAUCGUGUGUACACCUCUCAGCAGGUGGACCUCUCGCCAGGUCUACGCUUUAAUCGUGGACUAGGGUGUAGCUUGAUCCACGCUUUGAAAUGUGAGAAAUUUUGGUCCACACUUUAAAGCACAGAGAGUGCUAGGCUUGCAAGCUGUAGGGGAGAGUGGGGCACAUUGGUUCGGAUGUUUUCUUUUAGCCACUGAAAACGUAUUAGACGAGCUACAAAACUUUUAUUUUAGCCAAGUCUUAGUUUGGUCC